GCAGGGGCGGGUGCUGCUGCUGAAACGAAACUGAGAUAACUGGGAUAGCUGUAGGUGCUGUCAGUGCCGCUCAUCCCAGCCGCUGCUUGCCGCUGCCUGCCUCUGUCUGCACCGCGUCCGGGAGCCUUCAUUCGUCUUCGACCUUUUUGAGACUGUGCUAAAAUGGAACGUGAGUGCAUGCAGAGGAUCAACAGUUACUGUCAAAAGCGAAAACUUAGUCUAAAUUAUGUUGACGUUGGAAUGACUGGCUCCUCUCAUGAUCCUCAGUUCACAAUUGUGGUUAAAAUAGAUGAUGUAGAAUAUGGCAGAGGCAUUGGUAAAAAUAAGAAGGAAGCAAAAGCAGUAGCUGCCGAAAAAACCUGGGAAAUGAUUAAGGACCAGCCAGAGAGUCCUUCAAAUAUGAGAGCUGCCGAGUUAAUGCCAGCUCAAGUGAACUCCUUACCUGUGCGAAAUGGUGACUAUGUCAGCCGACUAAAUAUAUAUUCACAAAAGACGUCGAAAAUAGUUGCUUAUCCUAACAAAAAACAAAGUGGAGAUCCCCAUGCUCCUGUAUUUUCUUGUAGCUGUACAGUUAAUGGGGAACUGUAUGGAACUGGCACUGGACUUAAUCUAGCUGCUGCAAAACAUGCUGCUGCAAAAGAAGCACUUGAAAGGCUAAAUAGAGAAGCACAUGAGAAGCUAAAUAACAAACCCACUACAACAAUGGUAAAUGAAGAAUCUAGUGGCAGUUCUACAUUUAGCAAAUACAGUAAUUCCUCUCAAGUGCUAACUGAGUCUGACUCAGAUAACAGCAGUACUGGCUUUGAAGACUCAUGUUCAGAGUUGGCAGAUAAAAUGAAAAACAUGGCAAUACGGAAAGAGCCUUCAACUUCUGAGAGACACGCACAAAGUCCUGCCCAGAAAUCCAAAAGGAUAUUGGCACCUAAUUUUUAUAAUGCAAUUAAAAAAGAAAAGAAUACCAUGUCAGAUUCAGAUGAAAGUUUGCCAGAUGUGGACAGAAACACCAGUGAGGAGAAUCGAAGUCCAUGCACCGUGAAUCGAAGAUUUCUUGAGGGUUUUAAAAAUAUCGAGCUGAUUGGUGAAGGUGGUUUUGGAAAUGUUUUCAAAGCAACAGGAAGGCUUGAUGAGAGAACCUAUGCAAUCAAACGAGUUUGUGACAAAAAGAAUGUAAAGCGUGAAGUAAAAGAACUUGCAAAACUUAAUCAUGAAAACAUAGUGCGGUAUUAUGGUAGCUGGAAAGGGUAUGACCAUGUAACUACUCCAUACUCAAGAAAGAAUUCAGCCGAAGAAGUUGUGUGCAUUUUCAUCCAAAUGGAAUUCUGUGAACAAGGGACGCUAGAUAACUGGGUUGAAAAGAAUAGACGAGACCGAAAGUAUCAUGAGAUGGCCCAAGCCAAAUUUUUACAAAUACUAGAAGGAGUGAAAUAUAUUCAUUCUGAAGGGUUAAUUCAUCGAGACCUCAAGCCUCAGAAUAUAUUCAUAUCACAUGAAGAUAAAAUAAAAAUAGGUGACUUCGGUCUCGUGGCUUCUGUGGAGUAUGAGACACGGACUGAGGACAAAGGAACAAAAUCGUAUAUGGCACCAGAACAGUUCGGAGACAGAUAUGGAAAGGAGGUAGAUAUUUAUGCACUGGGAUUAAUUUGGUUUGAAAUUCUUUCAGCAGUCAGUCGUCAUGAGAAGAGCAAGGUAUGGCAUCAUAUUAGAGAAGGUCAACUUUCAGAGAGCUUCACCAAUCAAUUUCCAACAAAGGCAUCCAUGAUCAAAAGGAUGCUUUCAAAAGACCCUUCGGGAAGAUACUCUGCAUCUGAAAUACUUGCUUUUUCAAAGUCUGAUCCUAAAAACAACUCACUUAGAGCUCAUACUCAGUAAAUGCCCUUUUAAAAGGCUUUCAAACUGCGUUUAAAUCCAGAGCUUGAUGUAUGUUGUAAUUGAUGAACUAUCCAUGAGUGUCAGAGCACCGGCAAGACUUGAGAUAUAUUGUCAUCUUGGUGUUUUGCCUUCCUGGCAGUGAGGAGCUCAUCUGCCAAAAGCGCUACAUCCCCAUUCCUGCCCUUCAGCUACAAACCAGGAGAGUGUACUUCUGACAGCAGUUGCCGUUUUUACCUGGAAACACAGGUUCUGAAUGAGCUUGAACUGUAUUAUACGAUAACUACAAGGAACCUAGUCCUUGGCCUGACACCAGCUUGGUCUAUGAGACAACUGUACAAAUCCCUGUAUACACAUUCUUUACAUGUGCUGCAUCCAUUAUCAGUUGACAUUAGCUACUGCUUUCUGUGGAAGAAGUGCUGUCUUGUGGUGUGUGAUCUAAACCUUCCUGAUUAAUAGAAUCACAGGCUGGUAGGGGUUUGGACCUUUAGAGAUCAUCUGGUCCAGCCCCCCUGCAGAAGCAGGUCAACCUAGAUCAGGUCAUAUAGGAGAAUGCUCCCAUUAAUACCAAGACUAAUUUUCAUAGAAAAGAUACUAGGAUUUGGUGUGGGUUACUUUUCACUGAAUUCCAAUUCUUUAAGGUGAACUAUCUUAUCUUUACAUACCUGUUGAAUACCUAGCACCUUCAGUACUUCGAAAGUAAAAUUACAUAUUUUUAAAACAAGCAUUCCUUGAGAAUGUAAAUGUUAAGCAUUCAGCUUAUAGGAACUCUAGUUUAUAUUUUUUCUAAACUUGCAGAAGCCUCCCUCAGGUUUUUAGUGUUUUUCUUGAAGGAACACUGUUCUGGUUUAGCAAGGAGCAGCUUUUGGCUUAGUAACAGGGGGAGCGGGUUGCAGUGAAGACCCGGUAAAGAGUUUGCGGACUCUCCCCCGGCUCCUGGGUUCACACCCACCUCCGGCCCGGCUGGGCCAAUCUGGCGCCUCUGCCAUCACUAGGGGACGGGAAUUCGGAAUGCGAGGCGGGAGGUGUAUGAGUGAUACAAGAUGGAGGUGACCACGCAGACCCUUCAGCCAGAGGAGGAAGGAAGGAGAAGCAAUAGACCAGAGACCCCUCUGCAAGCCGUGGCGAGAAUGCAAGCUGUGCCCCUGCAACCUAUGGAGGUCCAUGGCAGGACCGACAGUUACCAGCAGCUCCGUAUGAGUGAGCCCGGACGGGCGAGGGACUGUGUGGGGAGACGGCCAUGGCCCAGGCCGUGCUGGAGAGCCUGCACGCCGCAGAGCAGCCCCACACGAGAGGCAAAGAGGAGCUGCAGCCUUUGGAAUAAGUGCGCGUCGGAGCAGCCCGUGCACGGCUGCCAUGCGUGUGAGUUACCCCACGGACUUGCAGGGAGGAGUGGUGUGGGGUUCACCCGUCCUGAAGAGGGACAAACGGCAGAAGCUAUCAGGAGCAGACUAACUGAAACCCCCACUGCCUGCCCCCCCAAACCGUUCAGGGGGGGACAGGGUAAAAACCCCAGGAUCAGGGCUCUGAGCCCGGGAAGAGGGGAGGUGUGGCAAGAAGGUGUUCUUAAAAAGGCUGGUUGGACUCUUCAUUGAUGUAUUACUCUGUGUUGUUUCAUUUUGAUUAUGUUUUGGUUUUUGGGGGUAUGUUUUAGUUGAUGUUACAUUAAAUUGGUUUUUUUUCUGUUUUCUUCCCCAAACCGAGUAGCCUGCUCUGUUUUGUCCUGAACCUGAAGCAAUUAAGCUCUCCCUGCCCUUCAGCAAUUCUCAGCCACUUCGGUACUCGAGGCUAAUCUUGGUCUUUGUUCCCUGAUGGGCCUAAACCACGACAAACACUUAAGGUGUUCUUAAUACAGCAAAAUUCUCCAGAGUUUUCUCAGUCAUAACUGUUUGGAAUCCUGUGCUGAGAGCAUGCCUUAAAGAUUCUCUCCCAUACUGCUAGCUUUCCAUGCCUUACUGUAAUACUGAGGCAUGCCUGACCCUUAACAAGUGUACUGAGGGCCAAUAAUGCCCUUCUUGUCAGCUCCACAAAAGGGAACAGCAGUUUCUGUUGCUCAGUUAUACACCCCACAGAGUUCAGACUCACCUGGACUGGGAAAAAACCUGAAUAAUAUAAAUGAAAGCAUAGUAGUUUUUAUAUUCUUAUUGAAAUGAUUGUAAUCUGCAGCAUGUAUUUGUUGUUAAAUAAGAAUCUUAUUAUACAUCC